UUAUUUGUGUAUUUUUCCUCAAACAUUGUCUUUCCUGCCAUCUUUGUUUUGAAAAUGACAGUCACGUCUCAAUGCUCUCUCUAGUAUAAAUAAAGCUUGACUGACUGAUUGUUUGGUUGACUGAUAGCGUGUUAUUUUCUUUUUAACUUAUGUAAAGUGUCUCUAAGUACCAUGAAAAGCUCUGUAUAUAUAUAUAGAAUGCAAUAUUAUAAUAUAAUUAUCUCUGUCAAAUGCCUAAACAUACCUUGGUCAAUAAAACAUAUUUCGAAUUUGAAUCUCCUGAUUGCUGGUUGUAUAGUAGAGCCAUAAUAUGCAUUUACGGAUCAUAUAUUCAAUUUACUUUUUUAUAAGAACAGUAUUGAAUUUGCCCAUCCUCUAAUUAUUAAUUUCUAACACCUUAUACAAACAUUAAAUAAAUGGAUUGUUAAAUAUAUGGAACAUUUUACUAAAACAUCAAUCAUUAUAAUUACAAACCAGCUGUGAAUAAAAACAUGGAUAAACAUUUAAAGAUAUUUCCACAAUGUGUUCUAAACUGCCUAUAAAUGCAACCUAUUAGGGCCCGCAUGGCAACAACAGCGUCUCCCCCUCCUGCUGUUGAGACCAGAGCACGCCGCCAUUGAACUGAAACAUGUUUUAAAAGCACAGGAAAUGAGUUAAAGUCAACCAAACUCUAAAAGAUUAAAUUCACCAUGUGUUUAUCACAGUAAACUGGCAGUGAGGAGAGCCCUUGAUGAUGAUUGGCUGCUAAGAGGAGGGGACAGUAUAUAGACUCUGAUAAAUGUGGUGUUUCAUGGUCUCCCCUGACAAAUCAUCAAUGGCCAGGAGCCUUCAGCAGACACACUCUGUUGCUCCCACCCACAGACAUUUUACAGAAGUCAAAAGUUCCUUUUUUUCAUUUUACAGUCGGGCCUUGUUUAUUUCAUUUUAUUUGACACAGCUGAAGAUCUCCAGUUCAGAAGUGUGUGCUAUACAAUAAGAGAGAGGGAGAGAAAGAGAGAGAGGGAGAGAGACACUUUUUGCUUUUUCGUUGAGUGAGAGGAAAUUUUGAAACGUUGUGCAAUGGUGCCGCAAAGGUUUUGAAAGGUUGUGAGAGGGUUUUGCCAGCAAAGCGUUUGAGAGCCGGUCCGUUGGAGACGAGGUCUCCAUGUUGCAUCCAUACAGAAUGGAGAGCUACCUCAUCCCACCUCACUCUGAAGAGAUGUACGAUGCUGAGAUCUACAGACAUCAAAUUACAGAAUAUUAUAAUCCGUAUGUCCUAGAUGCAGAUAUCCAGGCAGUGGCCAUUAUGCCGUUUCUCACCUUCUUUCCUUUAGAUCACUGGGACUACCACUCUCACCCUCACGUACACUCCGUAGAGUAUGAAAACCUGCAAGAGACCAACUUCACGGAGCUGCAGAGUGUACCGGCUCUGCACCCACCCAGCCUCAUACGACACGAGCCCAUACGAUACGACGCAGACAGCCUGCUCGAUCCCAAUCUGGGGGCACAUCCACAUGUUUUACAGCCCCAAGUAGCGUUCUUCCCCCGGCCUGUGUAUCCAACGCACAUGUCCCAGCGCAGCUCUGAUGAUGAGGAGCACGGAGGACGAAGCCCCCCGCUGGAGGUGUCUGACGAGGAGUGUCUGAGAGAGCGAGUCUCCUACAUCACACCAGGAGAUCUGGGAAGUAAAAAGAAGAUCCGUUUAUACCAGUUCCUGUUGGACCUUUUAAGAAACGGCGACAUGAAGGACAGUAUCUGGUGGGUGGACAGAGACAAAGGGACAUUCCAGUUUUCUUCCAAACACAAGGAGGCUCUCGCACAUCGCUGGGGGAUCCAGAAGGGAAAUCGCAAAAAAAUGACCUAUCAGAAGAUGGCACGUGCGUUGCGCAACUACGGCAAAACUGGGGAGGUGAAAAAGAUCAAGAAAAAGCUGACAUAUCAGUUUAGUGAUGAGGUGCUGGGAAAGAGUCAUCUGGAGAGAAAACCAUAUGUGUAGGCUGGAGGGAGACUGAAAAGUCAAGAUUUACUUCCCUUAUGACAGGUGAUGACAGCGUAGGCGUAGUUUCUGAUGUUAGAUGCUCAAUCAACCCUGUUGACCUGGUGACUAGCAUUUUGUGAAUAGCCCCGUUACUGCGGUACAGUAAGGGAACAAUACUUUGAAGGUUCGAGCUAAUGCUGCAUGAAAGUAUCAAAAAAGACUCUUUCUAGAGACCACUUCAUACAGAGCAUGUAAUCCAAAGUAGAGAAUCAAUAUCAUAGAAAGCUCAGUUUGUCUGUCUGUCUGAUUGUUUGCAUAACAAACUACUUCAUAGCAACAGGACCAGCUAUAAAAGUAUGUAACUCAGAUUGGGAAAACCGUGAUUUGCCCUCUGAUGUAAAACCUGCCCACAACCAGUGCAGCAAUUUAGACGUGGCAUAUCAAUUUGGCACACACACGAAUCAUGUGAAACAACUGAAAUACCCCCCCCCCCCGUGCAUACUGUAACAGAAAAAGUAAUAAAAUCCACAUUGAAAUCAUGUUUUAGAUCAGGGAUUAGACAUUAAACAUGAUUUAAUUUGAUGUUCUUUCCCUUCCUGUCUGGGCCCCCUAAUCCAAAAUGGCCAUAAGAACACCUCUUGAAGACAGUUUCAACAAACAUCGUGGUAAAUUUAAAUACCUGGACACCUCUUCCAAAUUGAUAUACAUAAGGUGCUACAAUCAGCUUUACAAAUAGCAAAAACAAUCAGGAAAAUUUGGAAUGUAUAUGUAUUUUAUUCUCUCUCUCUCUCUCUCUCUCUCUCUCUAUCUAUAUAUAUAUAUAUAUAUAUAUAUAUAUAUAUAUAUAUAUAUAUAUAUAUAUAUAUAUAUAUA